CCGAAGAAUCGAGUUUGGCUUCAAUUCGUCUCGAUGCAGUCAACAUCCACGUCAACAUCGAUCCCUUCACUCCACACGCCAUCUUCCGCGGUCGCGACAAGACCGGGAGGCAAGGGCAUGGGCACCGUCGGUCGAUCCCAUUUUCAAGAACUGCCCAUUAACCCGCGGGGCAUUUUCUGGGAAGAUGACUUCAUCUCGCCGGAGCACGAGCGGCGUCUCAUCUCCGUCUUCCGCCACGAGCUGGAAUGGGCCGACCGUCCGGGCCGUCUCUCACUGCACUAUGGCUACUCCUUCGACUACAAAACGUUCGGAGUCGAUCCCGACAUCCCCUACAAGGAGUUUCCCGACUGGCUGAAGCCGCUCAUCCCCACGACGGAGUCACGACCGCCCGACCAGGUGUGUCUGCAGUAUUAUCCCCCCGGAGCCGGCAUUCCGCCGCACGUAGACGCGCACGGCGCCUGGGACCAGCUGUAUGCGCUGUCGAUGGGCGCCCCGGCCAUCAUGCAGUUCCGCAAAGGCGAGGAGCGCGUGGACGUCGAUCUGACGCCGCGGAGUAUGAUGAAGAUGGCCCGCGACGCCAGACUCCAUUGGACUCACGGCAUCAAGAAACGCAAGACAGACGCGUUGCCAGAUGGGACGGUGCGCGCGCGUGCGGAUCGCUGGAGUAUCACGUAUCGAUGGGUCCGGGAAGGGGAGUGCGACUGUGACAACUUGGAGCUUUGCGACGUGGCGCAGCGACGGAAUGGCACGGAGAAGGAAAAAAGGUCUCUAAAGGAGUUGGAAGCGAAGACCGUUGUGGAGGAACCAGCAGCAGAGAAGUAUGACUUGUCGACUGCUGUCUGACGAAUGAUGAAUGUCCCUGUCUCUCAUAAACACAAUAGACAUCCCGCAUCUAAAACUGAUGUCUCCGGACUGCGUAGCGGAGUAAGCCGGGUGCUUGUUGGCGAGGCUGAAUCCUCCGCCUCAAGCGGAUGUUAUCUGCAUUUCCAGUCUUCUACAAAGGAUCUCUGGGUGUUUCUGAAAUUGCAAAUCGUUCACAAUGACUGGGCGGAACUGUUCGUCCUCAUUCCAUGUGGGUCUCGG